AUGUUCUUCCUCAAAGAAGAGACCAAGGUGAUUUCGAUGCACCCGUCCUUUUUUGGACCUAACAUGCGGGAAUACCUUAUCACCCGACUCAACGAAGAGGAAGAGGGACGGUGUACGGGUGAUCACUUUGUGAUCUGUGUCAUGGACAUGGUUGAUAUUGGUGAAGGACGAGUGAUGCCCGGCAUUGGACAGGCAGAAUAUACCAUCAGAUAUCGGGCGAUCAUUUGGAAGCCGUUCCGUGGCGAGACGGUCGAUGCCAUUGUUACCUCCGUCAAGCCGACGGGUAUCUUCACCCUGGCGGGCCCAUUAUCUGUCUUCAUUGCGCGAAAGAACAUUCCCUCCGAUAUCAAAUGGGAGCCUAACACCGUGCCGCCACAAUACACUGACCACGCUGAUCAAGUGAUUGAGAAAGGAACCAGCCUGCGUCUUAAGAUCCUGGGUGUCAAGCCUGACGUGGCUGCUAUCAAUGCCAUUGGCACUAUCAAGGAGGAUUAUCUUGGGUAUGUUGUUCUCUCCCUGCUCUAG